AGAAACCACGUGGGCACACACUUUUAAUUAAACGAGCCACGCCUCUAAAAUGGCUGCUACAGGACAGAAGCUAAGAUAUGACUGGUAUCAAACGAUCUCUGAUGUAAGCAUCAAUGUCCUUGUAAAAGCUGAUAAAAGAAAAGAAUGCUCAGUCCAUUUUGAACAAGAUAAGGUCGUGUUUAAUGUUAUGCUGACAAGUGAUGAAAAAGAGACAAUCGAGUUUAAUGUAGCUGAAGAGAUUGUUCCGGAAGCUUCUUCUUACAAGGAAUUGAAAUCGAAGGUGGAGAUAAAGCUCAGGAAGAAGGUGGGCAUCAAUUGGAGUACCCUUGAGCGUAAACCCGGAACGGAGGAUAAGAAAGAACCGAAAAUAAUCAAAAAUGGCACAGCUGAAGCUGAUCCCCAUCAUGCUUAUCCUUCGUCAAGCCAUUACACACGGAACUGGGACAAACUUGUAGGCGACAUCAAAAAGGAGGAAGAGAAGGAGAAACCGGAAGGAGAUGCUGCCCUCAAUAGCCUCUUCCAACAGAUUUAUUCGGGAGGCGAUGACGAAGUGAAGAAAGCCAUGAACAAGUCAUUUGUUGAAUCAGGUGGUACUGUAUUGAGUACUAAUUGGGGCGAAGUUGGUAAUAAGAAGGUGGAGGUGAAGCCUCCAGAUGGGAUGGAAUUCAAGAAAUAUGAGAUGUGAUUCAAACUAUCAUUUAAUUCGUGAUUGCUGUGAAACUUAAAUUUUGUGUUGAUUCCUAAAACUUAUGUCCUUCAUUUAUCAAUUAUUAAUAAUAA